AAAGAGAGAUUCUUUUGUAUAAUAAGAAGAUGCUUCUUCUCCUCUUCCUCUAAAACUUUUCUUUCUUCUCUUCUCCCAUGGCGGCGGCUUCUUCUACCUUCUUCUCACCGGCACUUCUCUCCAACAACAACCGCUCUCAGCCACCAUGCUGUUCCAUCUCUUCCUCUCCGGUGCUCAUCGCUACUCCCAGAUCGUCUCGUUUGAGCUUCACUACUACACCUGAGAAGAGGAGAAGCCUCGUGGUGAAAUCAACGGUGGGAGAGGUGUCCUUUCGCGAACCGGAGACAUCUGGAUCGGGAGACAAGGAGGGAAUCGAAACGCUGAAACUCAAGUUACUGAGUGUGGUUUCGGGGUUGAACAGAGGACUCGUGGCGAGUGUGGAUGAUCUACAACGUGCUGAGACUGCUGCUAAACAGCUUGAAUCGGCUGGUGGACCCGUGGAUCUUACCGAGGGUCUUGAUAAGCUCCAAGGGAAGUGGAGGCUCUUGUAUAGCAGCGCCUUCUCUUCUCGCUCUCUAGGUGGUAGCCGUCCUGGUUUACCCACUGGUCGUUUGAUUCCUGUCACUCUUGGCCAGGUUUUUCAAAGGAUCGAUGUGUUUAGCAAAGAUUUCGAUAACAUAGCGGAAGUGGAGAUAGGAGCUCCAUGGCCGCUUCCGCCUCUGGAAGCCACUGCCACACUGGCACACAAAUUUGAACUCUUAGGUACUUGCAAGAUCAAGAUCACAUUUGAGAAAACAACAGUGAAGACGUCUGGAAACUUAGCGCAGAUUCCUCCCUUUGAGAUCCCGAGGCUUCCUGAUAGUUUCAGGCCACCGUCAAACCCUGGAACUGGAGAUUUUGAAGUCACCUAUGUUGAUGAGAACAUGCGCAUAACUCGUGGGGAUAGAGGUGAACUUAGGGUGUUUGUCAUUGCUUAAGCUCGAACGAUAUGUUUGACGUGUAAAGAUUUAAGUACUUUCCUUGUGAGUUUUAUACAAAUCGUUUUAACGAUUAUAGAACUAAAGUAUUUUAUAAUGAAAAGAAUAUCCUGCUUAGUGAGACAAAAA